UUUUUAAGUCUUAAAUAACUUUUUUUUACACUUGUUUCUGGGGUGUCAAACCAUCAUUUCCGACAGUUCCUCAAAGCACCAUCCUGGUCGACUCGACUGGAGCGAAGAGCGAAGUGAAGGAAUCCAGAAGUUGUCCAGCGCCAAGUUCGCAUACCUGACUCAAGGAGGAGGUAAAAACCCUCGACGCGGGAAGGUUUACCGGCCGCAGAAUAUCGAGCUCGGUGCCACGGGAGGAGCGUCCAAACAGGACAUCAACAUGGACAACAUGACAGUGGAGCAGAUCGCCGCCAGGGCCAACCAAGUGACCGAUGAGUCGCUGGAAAGCACGCGCAGGAUGCUGCAGAUGGCGGAGGAGAGCAAGGAGACGGGCAUCAAAACCAUGGUGAUGUUGGACCAGCAAGGAGAGCAGCUAAACCACGUGGAGGACGGCAUGGAGCAGAUCAACCAGGACAUGAGGUUGGCCGAGAAAAACCUGUCUGACCUCUCCAAGUGCUGCGGACUCUGCAUCUGCCCGUGUAGCAAGGUGACCUCCAUCGAGAACGACUCGCGAUACAAGCGCACGUGGGCCACCGGAGGAGGCGACGCCGACAGCCACGCGGACGGUUCCAAGGUGGUGUCGAGGCAGCCGUCGGCCGUGCGUAACGGUCAGGCGGGUCAGGUCAACGCCCCGCCGGCCUCCGGCCCGUACGUCAAGAGGAUAACCAACGACGCCCGGGAGGACGAGAUGGAGGAAAACCUGCACGCUGUCGGCGGCAUCAUCGGCAACCUGAAGACCAUGGCCAUGGACAUGGGCACUGAGAUCGACAAGCAAAACACUCAGAUUGAUCGCAUCACUGACAAGGCGGACAUGAACAAGCUGCGCAUCGAUGAAGCCAACACGAGAGCCACCAAGCUCCUCAACUAAAGAACAGCUGGUGCACACACACACACACACACACGCACACUGCAGGAAGAAUAGAGAACAAGUUACUGGACAAGUCAAAGGUAUUCACCCGCCUUCUCAUUUAUACAAUGACAAAGUGCCUCCAAACUCUACGUGUGUUUAUGAAUUAGGACGUCCUUACAUUUGGACACGCUAAGUGCAAAGGUCAAAGAUCACACUGCCUUUUGCCUUCUGCUCCUCGAUACCAAAAAUGAACAACUCCACGUCCGCUUGUCGAACGUCAAAUCCUAAUUAAGGCCAUGAAAUGUGUCCUGCUCCCAUUGGUCAGUGUGUAAUUAUUAUUAUUGUGUAUAAUUUACUAUUUAAUUCAGCUGUGAAUAAACAUUCUCUUUUUAUUUGUUGACUUCUAAAUAUAUUUCAUUGAAGUUGAAGCUCCCCCACGUUGUGCUGCAAUGUAAUGUAAAUAUAGUUGGCAGCUAGCAUUCGUGUAAAUAGCUUCACAAGCUGCACAAAGUUUAAACAAAACAACAUUAUCCUUUGUAUCUUGUUUCCUUUUGUCUAAAGGGUUGUGGUCAAUAAAGCUAUCAUAGAGCGA